GAACGAGUCGGUGGCAGUGUUAGACUAUUCCCCACGAGAGGGGGGUGGUAGCUAUGGAGGAUCACCGAGAGAAGAUUUCGCAGUCCUCACCCCGUUUCCAGUUAUGGAAGCACGCCGACCGGAUGCCCCGAUGCCGCUGGAUGUACCACCAAGCCGCUUCAACUACAUCCAAAAGCGUUUGGCUGCCGCGGCAACAUCAUCCCCCCACCACAACCAUCCAUCGAUGCUUUGCUUUCCCACCUCUGAGCCACUCACUACGCAGCGCUACUAUCGGUUCCGCCUCCUUGGAUUGCUCGCCAUGCAACUUAUGGCAGUCACGGCCGUUGUUGCUGUGAUCACGCACACCCUCGACCUUUCCGACAUUGUAUCUCGAUGGGUAUCGGAAAAACCACUAGUGCUUGUGGUGUGGGGAGGUAUUACAACCGUGCUUUUGCUCGUCCUGUACAUCGUUCAACAUCGCGAUCGGUGGAAUGCAGUGGUCCUCAUCGCGUUCACCGUAGCCCAGAGCUUGCUCAUUGCGGGGUUCGGCUUAUGGAUGCAUCGAGUACCAGUUGGCUUGUUCGUCGUAGCUGGCACCGCGGGGUUUAUGAUUCAGUUUACCCUGUUCAGCUGUGUACGUGCCAGCGGCAGCCAGUGCAAUGCUGUCGACCGGCUGUGUAAUUUGUGGCAGGCGGGGGCGAGUGCAUUUGCAACGACAUUGGUCAUGUCUGUGGGGUGUAUGCAGAUCGAGGCUAUCCAGCACUGCCUCAGCUGGACCGAAUGGAGCUACUCCAUGGGGUUUCUCGGGGUAUUGGCGAUGUGGCUAGUCUUUGAUGCGAAUGGCUUGCAGCUGUGCCUCACGCAACCCCACGAGUACUGGCGGGGCGUGGUGUACUUUUACACGGACAUUUUGCUGCUUCUGGCCUUGCUGGCGUCUCUCACGUGUGUUUUGGCAUGUGGAGACAGUGGGGACGUCAUUUGUGUGGGACCGGUGUGGUGCUGCGGCGGCGGCACUAGGCCGAUCGAGUCACGACCGCCCGACCUCGCUGCUGCUGUUAUCGACGGCAAUAGUAGCCACAACGGUGUCACAGUGUAGUAGUCAAAGUACAGCUGGAUGGUUGGUUGGUUGUCUGGGUGGAUGGAUGGUCGAUCCUAUUGGUGUGUUUUCGACGUAACCUUGCGCGACGAAUGGGAGCCUACGGCAACUUUUCGACAGCUUGAACAAUUCAUUCGAAAUACUCACGUAACGUCCAUCCAAAAAGCGUAUGCACGACAGCCCCAGAACGAAAGCAAGCCCGUAAAGAGCGCGCUUACUUGGAUGAAGCGACGGCUGUAGCUUGUACAAUGGCCUUGAGAUUGCAACCGCAAUCAAAGUACCUUUCCGAAUUGGCCCCGCCGACGUAGAUUACAGGCUUAUGAUACAACGGUCAGCUACUAGUAUAUCCCAGUUGUCAAAUCGUUCUCACAAAGAAGCCAAGGCAGACGGCGCAUGGCGAAGACUCAAGGUUCCACCUGUAAUAUUAUUA